GUUCUAGAGUCGAUGUGAUCUGUUGUCAGGUACCGCGGAGUCAACAAAGACACAAUCAAGACGAACUAAGGACAAUCUAUAAAAUAUCCAGCUGACAUCCGAGAAUGCCUCCAAUUACCUGCGUCUAAUACAGUUUACAGCGUGUAUAAAUCUCUGAAUAUUAUGAUGAAUAACGUCUUAAGCGCAUCUACGAGCUAUCCAGACAAUCUGCCAGAAGCCACAGACACGGGUGAGCCACAGGUGCUGAAACGUUCAUCUUUCAUGCAGCUGUAUCCGUUAAAUGAUGGGAAUGGGGAUGGGGAUGAUGACAGCCAAAGAUGGUCUGGUCGUUUUGAAAACACUCCGCCACAUCCAUAUCAAGAUCAUACAGCGCACAUGGAAGGUGAUACGUUUCCCUUUGAAGUGAAUGCACUUGGUCGUAUUGUUGAACAGGUGCAGAACCUGAGAGAAUCCUACCCUGUUCUGGACUCUCCGAUGAAGUACAGUGAACAUGAGGCGUUUGAAAAUCCUACAGGAGCACAUUGGUCGAAAUACCAUGUCCAUGAGCACUGCGAUUCGGGUGUACGUCUUGAAGAUCGUGAAACAUAUUUGGACUCGAAAUCAAGUGGAUGUCUUGAAGAGGGAGAGAAUUGCUUCUUCAAAGAGAAAUAUGCAGCAGUGUAUCAUAGUAGCCAUGUGUAUGAUCUUCCAGAUUCCGGCAGAUACCAUUGGGCAUACCAGGAGCCCUUAGGAUGGUAUGUCCAUCUUGACCAAUGGACAUUAGGUGCACAAGAACAUGAACACUGUAUGGACAAUGGCCACACCUACUACAACAACGCCAUUCCACUGGACUUUGUACAGUUUAAGAAAUCGCCUUACCGUUACUAUGAAUAUUUCAAAUCGCAGUCAGAUUCUGACGACUUGUAUUAUGUUGAUUUUCGUCCAGGACCUGAGAUAUAUGCAUGCGUGGAAGGUUUGAAAGGCGGAUAUGAAGCAUUUAAGACAAAGAAUCGAUCCACUUCUCGAACAUGCAUGACAAAAUUGUAACAAGAGACUAUUGAUCCAUAGACUUGAGGAUAGUAAUUAUAUAUUCAUAAUUUAAAGCCAAGCUAAAAAAUAUCAUCUUUGCGGCAAACAAUGCAUUGGUGGUUGUUUGAAAUGUGGUGAAAUAUCUUAACCUUUAACUGUUUUCAAUGCAUGAGUGAGUGACUUUUACGCCAUAUUGAACCCUAUUUGCAGUUGUUUCUGGGCAUGCCAGAAUAAUGGGGAGAAAAUCCAAAAGUGAUGAAGAUGUAAACGUCUACUGCUUUGGUGAGCACAGGAAGAAUCUGUGAUUAGAACCCAUAUAUACUUGAAAAAAAGGAAAAUGUUU